AUGAGUAAACCAGCCGGACCUUCUGUGCAGAAGAGGCGAACUCAAACGUCAGAAGUCAAACCUGUGCGAAUGGAAGAGCCUUCUAGAUCAUUAAGAUAUAACCCGGAAGCUGCUAGGCCGAGCCCGACGGAUCGGCCAAUCUGCACUCAAUCUUCUGAAGGUAGCGAAACCACAAGGAUAGACCAACCUAUUGGACCACCAGGAAAUCCAGGAAUUGCUAUACCAUAUUUAGCGGAUCCGCUUGUGCGGACUGAACGCGCUGCUGGACAGCCAGGAAGACCGAGAGGUCGUGCGGAAGGGCCUGUUGGACCUGCCGGACCGAGACGGGAAGCUGGAUCUAAGGAAGAACCUGCUGGGCCGUCGGCAAGCCAAGGAUGUCCUAGUCAUUCGCCUGGGCAGAGAGGCGAAGCUUGGCCUACUGUAGGCAACUUUAGGAGGUCGUAG